ACCUCUGUGCAGUCUUGUAUACGUCUCUGCACUCUCUGAAAUCAAUAUGCUGUCAGCCAUUCAGCUGAUAGGCCUAUCUUACAGAAGCAAUUCGAUGAUGUUUUCAUGGUUAUGAUGAGGUGAAACAUUAUAUAAACCAGGAGGUUAUUUUAAACAAGGGAAACUUGUGAACCCGUCUACCAGACAGAACUGCAAACACUUCACCAGGACUUGGUUCAAUCAAAAGUUAUUUUUUUAUUCAGUGUUCCAGUAUAGUGAAUUAAGGAUCCCGAAACAAUCACGAUGACGACGAACAUUUCAACAGAAGCUAUGAUGACAACACUGACGACAAUGGAAGCUGAAGGCGAAGUCAUCUUCAAUUUCACAGGCCUUUGGAUCUCGAUCGGAGUUCUUGGAUUCUUCGUCGUCGUCGUCGUCCUCUACGGCCUUAUCAUCGCUGCGUCUGGUAAAUUAAAACUCCCGCAGAGAGCCGAAGACAAGGAGCCACUCUCCCCGGACCAUCGCGACAACGACGUCGAAAACGGUAACAAGAAAACAUCACUGAGAACCACAGCGGGGGCAAAGGGCAGCCAAGAAGCGGAGAACGCAAUGGUUGCCGAUGAGCCACCAUCGUAUGACAAAGCAGUGCUUGGUGCAUCGUCGGGCCAGGAGGCAGCAACAAACACGGACAAUAGAAAGCUUGUUGAUGGCACAGACGUCACGGUAGAAGUUUACGAACAGAAAGUUGAUACUGCCGACGAAAUGGCAUAAGGGUUUAUUCUAACAACUGAAACUGAAAUAAAUUAGGCCGAUUUGCAAAUCAAUUAAUUAAUCGUUGAAGCGAUCAGAUAAUCAUACUGAACAGAGUCAUAUAAUGAUAAUUCAAGAAAAAAAAAAUCAUAUUUUGUUAUGAUACACCUCCAUUUAUAGAUGAGGACAACGUAUUUAGCAUCAUCGGAGAUGUCGUAGUCUCUAAAGAUAUUGCAUAAUCAUUAU